AACAAUCAAUUUCCUCUCAACCAAAACUAACGCAUAAAUUUUUUAUAAAAUCAAUUACUAAUAUUUUUUCAGUCAAAUGCAUAAACACAACACACUUGUAAAGAUUAUACGUUACCAAACGAAAUAGCGACGGAAAUAUUCAGAUUAAAGCAGCAAAUUGAAAAAACGAUCCUAAGACAAAUAGGAUCGAUGGAGCAAGAUGAUUAAUUUCUUAUUAGUCGGCGUAUACCUGCUCGCAAACGUGGGCACCAGUGUCGGGAGACCGAGGCUAUUCCUGAACGGUGUUUACACCAACACGAAUAGACAUCAGCUGUACCAAAUGAGCCCUUACAAUAUAGUGCCCGGGAUAAGAUUCGUUAAGGUCACAGAAAAACAGACGCUCGAUUUCGACGAAUGUUUUGGGAAAAUCGACGAAAGCAGGGAGGCGUGCUUAAGGCGGUACAAGAAUCCGGAAGUGAGCAGAUUUCAGGCGGAUAGUGAUUCCGGUGAAGACAUGGAUCGAUCUUUCCACGGAUAUAAUAACUUCUCACACGAUUACGUAGACAUAAACGACCUGCUUAGGACCGACAAAAAGUUGGUCCCCGUACCGAAGAAAGACAAGAAUAAGAAAAGUUACAACUUCAAAGUACUGAAGCCAAAUAAAUUUGACAGGUUCACGUAUGAUCUGACGAAAUUCAGACGUGACAACAGAAAGAGGAAGUACAAAUCCGACGACAGCGAGUCCAGCGGCUCGAGCGAGGAAUCCUCGCUGGAGAACGUCAACCGAGGAAGGAUAGCCAAAAACAAAAGAUUCCAAAUAGUAGACAAAUCUAAUUCCGACUCGUCAGAAAGCUUGGAAGAGAUAAAACAAAGGAAAAGGAAAAAGAAGUCAAAAAUAUCCAAAGAUGGGAUGAUGUACAUGCAGUCCCCGUCAAGACUCUACGAACUAAGACGCCGUCUACCAAACUUUUUCCCGAAAAGGUACCACUGGGAUGAGGACGACAUCAAGGAUUUAAGGAACUACUGGUUUAGCGGACCCCAGGGCAAGUACUGGGGGCAGUAUAAGACGCCGUACUCCUAAAACAUUACGUAUAUCCCACGACGUUAAACCGAAGCUAGUUAUAGUGAUUACAUCAAACGAUUAAAAUAACCACUUAGAGUAACAACCGAGGAGGAAUUAUUUAUACAAAAAAAUAAAACACGUUUUAAA